AUUCAUCUCUCUCUGGUUGAAUCCGGCACGUGUCCUGAUAAGAAUUUCAAUUCGUAUUCGUAAUCGUAAACCGUUUCAAUUUUGGUUCGGUGAUUUUAAUUUCUUCUCGUAGGUUUUUAAAAAUCUAGUAAUUUACAAAUUAGAAUGUUGACUGUGUAAUACGUUUAAUGUAAUAGUUCUUAAAUAUUGAAUCAUGGCUCCUAUGUCAGAGUAUAACGAUAAAUUGGAGAUAUUAACCGAUGAAGUAGCAUUAUGCAAACUUCUCACAUCAAACGACUUAAAAGUCAGAAAACGUGGAAUAUCAUCGUUGAGAAAAUGGUUUCGUAAACUUGGCUCGAAAAAAGGUGUAGAAGAAGAUGAUUUUGUUCGUAUUUGGAAUGGACUUUUUUACUACUUUUGGAUGUCUGAUAAACCAUUGGUUCAGGAAGAAGCCGCCGAAUGUAUUAGCAGUAUGAUGCAUAACUUGGAGAAUUACGAAGCAGUGAUGUACUACAUUAGAGGAUUUUUCAAUUCUUUAGUCAAGCAAUGGGAUCGUAUAAGUCAUUACAGAAUUGAUAAAUUCUUGAUGUUAGUUCGUCGUUUCGUGAGACAAAUCCUUAUACUGCUGAAAAAUCACGAAUGGGACAUUGAAAAACUCGAAAUGUUUAGUAAAGAAUUAUACACCGCUAUUCAAAUUUUACCGUAUAGUUCGGCAAUACAUUUGAACGAAAUUUUUAAUGAAGAAGUUGCCAAAAUUUCCAAAGGUAAAAUACCAACUGAUGCGUUGGUAGUAUUAUAUAAAGGAUAUUUCGAAUGUAUUGCGAAUCUGAGACCUACGAUGCAAAUCGUGAAUAGUAUUCAAGCGAAUAUUUUCGGUGGCUUGGUUCGUCAACUCAAAUUAUACAUUAAACAAAAAGCUCUAACUGGGGACUGUGAUAACGAGACGAAUAAUGAAAAAACUGGUUCCGAUGACGAAGAAGUGAACACAAGUGCCUUAGAUCCGAGACCUGGAGGUGUAGACGUUUUUCUUCCUUAUAUCGAGUUCGACGAACACGUCGUCAUAAAAUUCAUCGAGCAGUAUACGUCGAAACCUGGAAUUCCCACUAAAGCUAAAAAUAUUCUAAAUCAAAUUAUCCCAAUGUUCGCGAGUAUUUCGAAAUUGAGAUCGUCGGUUACUGAUACUGAUAAACUGAUUCGUGAAAUGACAGAAAAUCCAAAAAGGAAGAAACCCAAACAAACGUUGACUAAACUGAUAAAAGAGUCGUGUCGAAAAUUAGAAGAAGACGAUGAAAAUGAAGCCGAACACGAAGAAAGGGUAUUGAAAAAGUUACGUAAUAUGACCGAUUUGAUUCAGAUACCUGCUGGCAAAUCAACGUUCACAGUGGUGCAAGCCAAACCGAAUGUGAAAGAAACAACGAAAAGAUCUUCCGUUUCAAACGACUGGACUGUUACGGAAACAGCCGAGAAACCCAGUCCUCCUAAAAAAGCCAGAAUUAGUGGUAAUUCGGAGAACUGGAUAGUUGAAGUUACAACACCGAAAACUGACGUGAAAUCGAUAGACAAACCGAUGAAAAAAUCACCGGUAACGAAAUCACCUGUUACGAGUGUUUCCGAUAGCGAAAACGGAAUCGCUGACUCAGUGUCUAACGUGGAACAGUCCGAAUUAAUAAAUAAAAACGACGAAUCAGAUAUUCGUUUGGUAAUCGAAGAAAACUCAGGUGAUGAACUCGCUUCAACGCACGAAGACGAGCAUAAUAAUGAUGACCAAGUUACCUCGACUAUUGAGAAAGAAGAGACGGAAUCGAAUCAAAACGAUGAAACCUCGUGUGACUCUGAAAUAAAUGAUGAGAAAAAAUCAAACGAUGAACCCUCUAAAAAAUCACUUUCCGUUUCAUUUUCCGAUAAACCAAUUAUGCAGUUGUACGAAGAAAACGAUGUUAAAGAUCAGGCCAGCGAUACCGAAACUGAAAUCAUUGUGCCGGCGUCGGUUGUAAAAUCACAUGGAAAAUUAAUGAAAAAAGACCGUGACUAUGUUGUGGUUGACUUUCGAUCGGAAGCUAAUGAAGAAGAAGAAAUGUCUCAAGAACUGGAAGUCCCUCGUGAACCUGAAAACCCCCUUCAAUCCGAAGCUGAUGAUGAGGAAGUGUCUCAAGACCUCCAAGUACCUCGUAAACCUGAAAAAGUUACUAGAACGCUUCGUAGUAGAAAAGUCGAAUCUACUCCUGUUCCCGUAUCAACUCCUGAUUCGAAAAGAACUAGGAAACCGCGCGAAAAGAUAGCCGAACCUGCCAGAAAAAGCUCCAGAAUUGCUGAAAAACAGAAAAAAGUCCUGUUUAAAUUGGAAGACAACAUGUAUCAAGAUGUUCGAUCGUAUCAAAAAGUUCUUAAAUCGAAGCCAGGAAUACCUUUCAAUAGCUCGAACAUCCCAACUAGCGGUAUACUUAAACCAUUCGCUGUUACUACUCCGAUCAAUCCUUUCUAUUUUCCUAACGGUGAGAGAAAAUUAAAACGAAAAAGGAAGUAGAACAAAAUGACUACCUACUUGAUUCUAUGUUGAUGCCAAUACAUCUCAUUCGUGCAAUAUUUUGAACGGUAAUUUUUUCAACUCAGCGAGUUACGUAUUUUUUGUUACCUGAAUUUUUGUGUUGAAUCGAGAAAUUCAAUUUUUAUUUUUGCAUUGUUGACCUCCUGUGGAGAAAAUCAGUUUAGUAGCGUGUGAUUUUAUUACGGAUAUGAGUAUUAUUAUUUAUUUUUUUGGAUAAUUUUUUGUACCAUGAUUGAAUGCCUAUGUGAGAAAUGAUAUCCUGUGUAAUUUAAGUUUUCAAGCUAGUUGAAACUAAGGUUUGAAUUAUUGUAAUUUUCAAUUUUGCGACGCGCGACGUAUCCUUCUAAUUUAUUGUUACUCUUGUAUUACUGUAUCUAAUAGAUCCACGAUCGAAGUACGUUUUUA